CAACCACCUGGCCUCUUCUGGGGGACUUGGAACAUUGGUCACAGCCAUGGCUCCCAAAAAGAAGGCAAACAAGGGAGACAAGGAGAAGAAAGGGGGCAAGAAGGACCCCAGUGUGGCCAUCAAGCCCAUGGAGGCGCCCUUGGCAGUGGAGAUGCGGGAGUUCUACCUCAUCCAGAUCCGAGACCUGGAAGACAGGCUGGCCCGGUACCAGCGGAAGUCGGAUGAGUUGGCCUCACAGGAGAGGCUGUCCCGCCAGGAGUUUGAGCAGAUGGCCAACAACAAGAAGGAGAUCGUGGCCUUCCUCAAGCACACGCUCAACCAGCAGGUGGACGAGAUCACCGACCUCAAGGAGCAGCUGCAGAGCCUGCAGCUGGCCAAGGAGAUGGAGAAGGACGCCUUCGAGGCACAGCUGGCCCAGGUGCGCCAUGAGUUCCAGGAGACCAAGGACCAGCUGACCACGGAGAACAUUGUCCUUGGGGGAAAGCUGGCCGCCCUGGAGGAGUUCCGGCUGCAGAAAGAGGAGCUCACGGACAAGUUCAUGUCCCUGGAGGACCAGCUGCAGAAGCAGGAGAACGAGUACAAGGACUACGUGUACAACCUGGAGAAGAAGUCGGUGCUGGACAAGGACAGACUGAGGAAAGAGAUCAUCCAGCGAGUGAACCUGGUGGCGGCCGAGUUCCACAAGAUGGCCUCGGACCAGACGUGGGAAACGACAAAGCGCGCCAUCAUGGAGAACAACAACAUGACGCUGCAGCUGGCCAAGGUGUCCCAGCAAGGCCUGCAGCUGCUGCAGGAGAACGAGCGGCUCAAGGGCACGCAGGUGGAGCUGCGCAAACAGCUGGGGCUGCUGGAGGACAGCCAGAAGGUCAUGGCCAGGAACAACAAGGGCCACCAAAAGAUCAUCCUCAUGCUGACUGAGAAGUGCCGUGGGCAGGAGCAGGGCGUAGCCGAGGCCAAGCAGCUGCGUCUCCUGCUGAACCAGCUGGAGCAGAGUGUCCUGCAGCUGCAGACGGACAACCAGGCUCUGCGGAACCAGAGAGACCAGCUGAACCAGCAGCAGCAGCAGCAGCAGGCUGAGGUACAGCGACUACAGCAGGAGCUGACUGAGGAGCAGAAGAUUCGGGCCAGCCUAGAGGUGACCCUGGCCCAGGCCAUCUUGUACGUGCAGUGUAUUCUGCAGAUGCACACGGAUGUAAGCGACGGUGACUUCGAUGUGGCUCUCCAGCUGCGGUGCAAGGAGCUGUUGCAGCAACUGCUGGCCCUGCUCAGGUCUGCCAUCACCCUGAACCCCCAGACAGCUGCAUGUGCCUGCAGCGAGAAGCAGCCCCGGGGCCUGCCCAAGCAGAGCCGACCCCGAGUCCUGCAGCAGCAGCUGUCUGACACCACCGCUUCCCAGCCAGGGCAUCUAGGCCUGGUGCCUCGCCAAGGCCACAUCCCACCCAACCCCCAGGACCUCAGGCUACUCUCGUCUAUCACCCGCAUGGGGACUCUCCGGGCACACAGCACUCCUGAGGUGAGGGCUCCAGGGGCACCAGGGACGGCAAGACAGCAGCCAGGCGUGGGGGCAGUGUGGCUCUGCCAGGACACACUGCGUGGCCUUCGGGGUGUGACUCGACGGCCCUGAGUCUCCCUGUCUGUAAGAUGUGAAGAAGGGAGGGGCAGGGCAUGCCCACACGUCCCCGGGAGGGGCCUACGGGGCCUUGUCCCUCCCCCACUGGCAGGAGAAAGGUGAGAUCAGCCACCCCACCAGGAUUCAGCACCCAAGCAGGCAUCUUUAAUCCUACAGAUCCAUGCCUCCGGUGCUCUAAAAAGGCUCAAAAAGUUCAGUCUUCCGGAAGUUUUCCUGCGUCCCAAGUAGCACCGCGAAGAGACCAACCCUACCCCACCCCAGAAACGGACUGUUCUGGCCAGUCGCCCCUGGGAAUCUGUAAGAGGCCCAGGACAGCCCAGAGAAGAGUUCUAUAAAAAGUAGACACCCUUA